GACAAACGCAAGUGAGUAACGCCCUGUACCUUGACGCAUUGGUAACGAAAACAGUUAUACCAUUUUGCUGUCUGUUUUUCAAAAGCAAAAAUUCGUUAAAAAUGGCUUCGAAUAUUGCCACUGUGGGUAGUGUUGUUAUAAAAAUAUUAAAAUUGGUAAUAAACCUUAUUAUUCUGGUAUUAUACCGAACCGGUUAUUCCGGUUAUUUCCUAGGGGUCGGUGGAACAUGGAAUUUAAAUGAAGAGAAAAAUCCGGACGUGGAAAUUGUAGCUUCUGGUGUUUUUGUUGGCUACAUGAUUUACACGGCAGUUACAAUAAUUAGUUUUUGUUUUGCAUCAGCAGAUCAUAAAUACACUUUCACAGAUCUUCUUAUGAAUGCUGUAGGCGUUUUCAUGUGGACCGCUGUUGGAGCAACUGCUUUACAUUACUGGAUCGGGUACCAGAACGAGCAUAGAUUUAUUCAUGUAUCUUCAGAAAGACAGGUUGGAAUAGCUCUAGGAGCCCUUUGCAUAAUAUCGGGGGCCGUUUACCUUUUAGACACCGUUCUAUCCGGUAUCCACUUUGUAAGGAACAAGUUGGCCUAAAUAUAUCUAGAACGUACUGUAUUUACGUACUUAAACAAAUAUUUACCAUAACGUAUUUUGAAUAUCGCCAAGUUAAGGCGUUACAAUGUUAUAAUAAUAAAUAUCUUCAUAAUGUACAAAUCUUUGGUAUCUUUAGUAAGUUUAUGGUUUCAAGUUGUUUUUUAAUUUGGUAGCUAUGUUUUCAUUGACUAAGGAAUCAUGAGAAACUGUUAGGACUGGUUAUCAUUUAAUUGUUUUGUUUGAUAAUUAUACAGAUACCUCAUCAGGAAGCUCUCACAGUUUUAAGAAAAUAUCAAUUUUCCAUUUACCAUUUUUAGAUAACAUGUAUAUCAUCAUUCUCGUUUCAUAAAACGCCUUGAAAAUUAUGCUUACUUAGUUUGUACUUGUAUAUUAGACUAAUGUUUUUUUAUGUUUUAUAAAUUUUAAUUGCUACUUAUGUAGAAGUUGGAUUAUACGGUAAUUUAAGCUGGAUGUAUUUUUUUGUGAAUGCAAACCCUAUGAAUUAAAAUAAAUGUUAACA